AAGCCUUAGGAAACAGUUCAACGGUUUGAGAAGUUUUGACGUCUUUUUGCUUUGCACGAUUCCCAAAGUUUUCCCCAUUUUCCUGGCUCAACCAUGUCUCUCUCGAGCAUUUUGCCAGCACCAAUCAACAGUGCUUGGGACCGAGAUGAGGAAAACCAUCAAUCGCUGGCCAAGGGAGUACCCUCAAUCGGUGCCCUUGUCAGUGCAAAAAUUGCUGCUCCGCCCUACGGACAGCGUCGAGGCUGGGUACCCCGGACAGAAGCUGACUUUGGCGAUGGAGGGGCUUUUCCGGAAAUUGCCGUGGCUCAGUAUCCAUUGGGAAUGGGAGCUCCGGAGAAUGCCAAUAAAAAGUCCAAUGCCCUGGCCAUUCAAUUGGACGAGACGGGAAAGAUUAAAUAUGAUGCUAUUGCACGGCAGGGGCAUUCAAAGGACAAGAUUGUCUAUUCGAAUCUGAGUCAAUUGCUUCCGGCUGAAGUUCUGGCUGAAGAUGCUGAGAUUCUGCAGAAGCCGGAUGAAGAGACAUUGGCUGAUACGACAGAAGCCACACGGAAGGCCCUGGAAAAGCUGACAAAUGCCAAAAUUGCCGCUGCAAUGCCCGUGCGACAUGCUGAGAAGGCAGCUCCUGCUCAGUACAUCAGGUACACUCCGUCCCAGCAGGGAGAUGCAUUUAAUUCUGGUGCCAAGCAACGUGUCAUCCGGAUGGUGGAAGCUCAAGUGGAUCCCAUGGAACCGCCAAAAUUCCGCAUUAAUAAGAAAAUUCCCCGAGGACCUCCAUCCCCGCCGGCUCCAGUUUUGCAUUCGCCCUCCCGGAAGGUCACCGUGAAGGAGCAGAAGGAAUGGAAAGUGCCUCCGUGCAUCUCAAACUGGAAGAAUUCCAAGGGUUACACAAUCCCUCUGGACAAACGCCUGGCGGCUGACGGACGUGGACUCCAGCAGGUUCACAUCAAUGAGAAAUUCGCCAAGAUGGCUGAGGCUCUGUACAUAGCUGACCGGAAGGCACGAGAAGCCGUAGAGGCCAGAGCGCAGCUGGAGAAGAAACUGGCUCAGAAGGAGAAGGAAAAGAAGGAGGAUAUGCUGAGACAAAUGGCACAGAGAGCAAGAGAUGAACGAGCCGGAAUACGACUUCCCGGCGGCGGAGAAUCCUCGGAUCUGGCCAAUCCGGAAACCCGGGAACGCGAUGAACUCCGUGCUGAGCGUCACCGGGAACGUGCCAGGGAGAGAAAUAUUGCCAGAGCAGCUCCGGACAAACGUUCAAAGCUCCAAAGGGAGCGCGAGAGGGACAUUUCUGAACAGAUUGCCCUGGGAAUGCCAGCAAAGACCCAUACCGGAGGCGAAACCCAAUUCGAUCAGCGUCUCUUCAACACGACCAAAGGCAUGGAUUCCGGAUACGGUGACGAUGAAGCCUACACUGUCUACGAUAAACCCUGGAGGGAGUCCGGAGGCUUGGGAGCUCAUCUCUAUCGUCCAAGCAAAUCAAUCGAUCAGGAUGCCUACGGAGCUGACCUGGAGCGCAUUGUCAACACGAGUCGCUUUGUGCCGGACAAGGAAUUCAGCGGAACGGACAGAUCAACUCAGAAUGCCCGACAAGGACCGGUGCAGUUCGAGAAGGAGGAGGAUCCAUUUGGUCUGGAUCAAUUCUUGACCAUGGCCAAGAAGGCUCCCAAACGCGGACAAUCUUCCACGGAGCACAGCAAGGACAAGGAUCGCGACAAGAAGCGGCGCCGUGAGUAAAAAAAACAGUACAGUUACUGCAUAAAAAUACCCACGCACUUCUUAUAUUCGGAUUUUUUUGUCAAUAAAUUAAAAAUUUUACUGAGGAAAUCAAUAAAAAAAAAUUAGUAAAUUGA